AUGACCGGUCCUGGCGAGACAAUCACUCUGGAACUAAACUCCGCCACCGCCCUAGUCAAAAAGAUGCGAAGUAUGGGAUAUCUUGAUGUUACAAGUUAUCUCCGCGGAUCCAAGCACUUCACAAGAAACACCACCCUUUACCCCGCGCAAUACCUCACCGCCACCCGCGCAGCCAACAUCCUCAUCUCCAAACUCCUCAACUAUCUAUCCAUCACGCUAUCGCCCCUCGAGAACCAAACCCGCACUCUCACCAUCGCGGAUCUAGUGAAAGAGAUGACGGAAGUCAUACGACUGGACAUUUUCUGGUGGGUAUCUGAAUGGUGUUUCCGCAACCAAGUGGAAAGAAGAGAUAAUGCAAUGGAGAGAGCAUGGAAGUUGAAAGGGUGCUUUGGCAUGGCGAGGAGGGAUUGGACCAAGGGAAGGAUGAGUAGAGGCGUUGAGGUUUUGUUUGAGAGGAUGGUGGGGAUUGUGGAGAUGGUAGUUGCGAUGCUCUUGUGGUGGGAUGGAGAGAUGAGGACGGAGAGGAUGGAGAAUCUAUGGGAGGGGUCUGAGAGCUCUGAAAGCGAAGAAAGCAGCGAGAGUGGAGAGAGCAGCGACAGCGACGAGAGCUGCGAUUUUACCUGGGACUAG